AUGGCACACCCCGUCGCAUCGUCCUCGCACCCCGCACAGCACCCCGCCCCCGAGACCCCGCACGCCGCCGACGCGCAGGGCGGCGCGCCCAAGAUGCCGAAAGACAAGAAGAAGGCCGACGCCGCGUCGCAGCACCCCCUCGAGAUGCAGCCCGCCCCCGCGUUUUUCGACCAUCGCAUCAAGAUAUUCGACAGGCUCAAGGCGGAGCACGAUGCGUUCGUUGCAGCGCAACCCCGUGAAGAGAUCGCUAUCACGCUUCCGGACGGUUCCCAGAGGAAAGGGACUAGCUGGGAGACGAGCCCGAUGGAUGUCGCUAAGGAGAUCUCGAAAAGCCUGUCCGAGAGGCUCGUCAUCGCGAAGGUCGACGACGUCCUGUGGGACCUCGAGCGCCCGCUAGAAGGCCCGUGCAAGCUCGAGCUGCUCGAUUUCGAGCACCCGGAAGGCAAGAAGGUGUUCUGGCACUCGUCCGCGCACGUCCUCGGCGAGGCAUCUGAGCGGCACUAUGGGUGCCACCUCUGCAUCGGCCCCCCGACGGACGACGGCUUCUUCUACGAGAUGGCCAUCGAAGACCGACCCGUGACCAACGCAGACUACCCGUCGCUGGAGAAGGUCGCCGAGAGCGCGAUCAAGGAAAAGCAGAAGUUCGAGCGACUCGUGGUGCCGAAAGAGACCCUGCUCGAGAUGUUCGCCUACAAUAAAUACAAGAAGUACUUGAUCGAGACGAAGAUUCCCGACGGCACGUCUACGACCGUGUACAGGUGCGGCCCUAUGGUCGACCUGUGCGCCGGCCCCCACAUCCCGCACACGGGCAAAAUCAAGGCGUUCAUGAUCACCAAGAACUCGGCAUCGUACUUCCUGGGUAGCGCCGAGAACGACUCGCUGCAGCGCAUCUACGGGAUCUCGUUCCCCGACAAGAAGCAGCUGGCCGAGUACAAGGUCUUCCUCGCCGAGGCCGCGAAGCGCGACCAUCGCAAGAUCGGCAAGGAGCAAGAGCUGUUUUUCUUCAAUGAUCUGAGCCCGGGGAGCGCGUUUUGGCUUCCCCAUGGCACGCGUAUUUAUAAUACCCUCGUAGAGUUGAUGCGGUCUGAAUACUACAAACGAGGCUACCAAGAGGUCAUCUCCCCAAACAUGUAUCACUCGAAGCUCUGGGAGACGUCCGGGCACUGGCAGAACUACAAGGACGACAUGUUCACGCUCGACAUCGAGAAGGAGAAGUGGGGGCUCAAGCCGAUGAACUGCCCGGGGCACUGCCUCAUCUUCGACUCGCGCGACCGCAGCUACCGCGAGCUGCCGAUCCGCAUGGCGGAGUUCGGGAUCAUACAUCGGAACGAGGCGAGUGGCGCGCUGACGGGGUUGACGCGCGUGAGGCGGUUCGUGCAGGACGAUACGCAUGUAUUUUGUAUGCCGUCGCAGAUCGAGGGCGAGAUCGACGCGCUGUUCAAUUUUAUGCAGCAUACGUACGGCUUGUUCGGGUUCGAGUUCAGCUUGGAGCUGUCCACGCGCCCCGACAACUUUCUGGGCGACAUCGAGACGUGGAACAAGGCCGAAGAGCAACUGCGCAACGCGCUCGACAAAAAGUACCCGGGCAAGUGGGAGCUGAACCCCGGCGACGGCGCGUUCUACGGGCCCAAGAUCGACAUCACGAUCCGCGACGCGCUCAAGCGCUCGUUCCAGUGCGCGACGAUCCAGCUCGACUUUCAGCUCCCGGACCGCUUCAACCUCAAGUACCGCGCGCCCGACGAGCCCGCCGCUGCUGGAGCGGACACGGGCGGCGCGGAGAAGCCGCCGUCGCGGCCUGUGAUUAUUCAUCGCGCGAUACUUGGGAGCUUGGAGCGCUUCAUUGCGAUUAUUACUGAGCAUUUUGCGGGCAAGUGGCCAUUCUGGUUAUCUCCUCGGCAGGUCCUCGUCAUCCCGGUCGCCGCUCCCUACAAAGAGUACGCGGCGGAGAUCGCGGGCAAGUUGGCUGAGCUGGGGCUGUACGCGGACGUCGACAACGGGGACAACACGCUCCCGAAGAAGAUCCGGAACGGAGAGGUCGCGCAGUACAACUUCAUCCUCGUGGUGGGACAAGAGGAGCUCGACGGGCGCUCCGUCAACGUGCGCAACCGGGACGACGUGGGCACCAAGGCGAAGACGGAGAUGGUCCCGCUCGACGUCAUCGAGGACAAACUCGUCAAACUCAAGGCGUCCCGCAGUCUGCUGAACAAGCUGCCGGAGUAGACAGGCUCUCUCUCGACAGGCUGCACGCUUGCGAGCGGAGGUUCGAGAACAGGCGGGCAGGCUUUUUUUUUAGAUAGGCAGAUCAUUUUUGAGGCACGAUUUUGAAUGUAUGAAGAAAGAAAGAGAUUGGAGAAAUUGAGAGAGUUUGUUUGUAUUUUGGUUUUC